AUGGCCGACAAGGAAGCCACUGCUUGGGCGACUUCUAAGCUUCGUCUUCUACAAGCUGCUCAGGGGGACACGUCCUCUGAUCUCGACUCCAACGAACACCACGACCAGCGUUCCGUCCUUAACUUGAUUGUUGAAGAGGUUGAUGGCUUCCGUGAGUUGGUGGAAAAGUACACUAUCGAAAAUGAAGAGCUUCGCACGAAGCUGGCUGAGGCCGAAGCUCUCGCCGAAUUUGGUCAACGUCCGUUCACUCUCGCCUCCCCAUGCCAUCCGUCACGCUGUCCGGGUGCCUCAUCUAGCUCCAAUCGCGUUGCGCUGACUAACGGUGAGUUUCCGGACCUCGACACAAGCAUGGUGGCUGCUGCCGAGGCUGGUUUGUCUGCGGCUAAUCUCUAUUUGGAUGAAGAUGUGGAAACGGAACUGUUUGUGCCAAAAAUACAAAGACGGCACCGCCGAAAGCAUCGGAAAGCGAAGUCAGAAAAUGUGGAGAAUAACAUUCCAGAUUGGAAUCGCCAGCCAAUAAACGACGUCACACCGGACGAGUUACCUACGGAGGCAUGGCCAUUAGAAGUUGGAAAGAAUAAAAAACAACGUUUGACUCCAACGAAAUUCAAUGCACUAGGCAGUUUUUCGUCAGUUGAGCAGUCUGAAGAAGUGACCGAAUCGGGAAGAGUGAGAGAGAAUGCUGCUAGUUUCGACGAGGAGGCACCGGUCACAAAUACUGAGACGGAUGAAUCAUAUAACGAGGAUGACAAUGUGGCAACUGCCAAUGAUACCCUCCUACCAGACCCGGCAGGAGAUGAAACUCUUACGCAUACGCUCAGAGGAAAUAGCGAACCGGGUUCCGGAAACGACACGUAUUCCGAUGCUUCCGAAGUCCGUUCUUCUUCAUCCUCCGCUUCAGAUUCUGCCACUGACGAGGAUAGGAGCGUUGUGGUGAAACCUGUGACAAACGAGGAAGAAGCUAAAUUACAUAAGAGCCUGGCCAAACUAUCCUCACAAAUUGAUUCAAAGCAACAUCUCCUCGCUGAGCUUCAGUAUAAGGCCGCGCAGCUCGAUCAGCUUCGGAAGCAUUAUGAGCGCCAGUUGGCUGAUUUGAACAAUCGGAUCCGAGAGACUGAGCGCGAACGGGACACUGUAUUGGCCAGCAUGGGACAGUUGGAGCACAUUGGUGAAGAACGUCUCAGGCGGACGCGCGAAGAGUUUGAGAAAAAGUUAUCUUCGCUGCAAGUAAGCUCUGCGAAAUCCACAACCCACACUGUCAGUUCCUAUCCCGUAGUCCUCAACUGUGUGUUUGCGCACAGCAAUCCCAAAUAUCCCUGUUUUCGAGCAGCAAUCAUUUGUGCCACGAUCUAG